AUGUCGGGGGUCCACAGCUCUCGGGACGCGGCGCCGGAGGCGAGCCAGUACCACCACGCGUGGUACUGGACGCGAGCCGGUGACCCUUACCAGGAGCUGGCCAUUACAGAUGGCAUUCAAAGGAAGAAACCGUAUGAAACAGAAGUCACUGGUGGCAGGAUGUCAGUGCUGCCAACAGAGAAGACAAAUGGAUCUGGAGGAGACCCUCUGUGGCAGGCCAUCAUUAUUGUCUUCCUCACAGGAUCUCUCUCUGUCAUCACUGUUGUCGGAAACAUCCUCGUUCUAAUAUCCUUCAAAAUGAACAAGACCUUGAAGACGGUCAACAACUACUACCUGCUCAGUCUGGCAUUUGCUGACCUGAUUAUUGGUACCUUGUCCAUGAACCUGUACACCACCUACAUCAUCAUGGGUCAUUGGGCACUUGGGCCAGUGUUGUGUGACCUGUGGCUGGCCAUAGAUUACGUGGCCAGUAACGCCUCAGUCAUGAACCUUCUCGUCAUUAGUUUUGACAGAUAUUUCUCUGUAACCAGACCCUUGACCUACAGAGCAAAACGCACCACCAAGCGUGCCAUGACAAUGAUUGGAUUAGCCUGGUCCAUCUCCUUUAUUCUUUGGGCUCCUGCUAUAUUGUUUUGGCAGUAUGUCGUUGGUGAGCGGACUGUACCGCCAGAGGAGUGCUACAUCCAGUUCUUGACUGAGCCCAUCACUACCUUCUGCACCGCCAUUGCUGCCUUCUACUUGCCAGUGACUGUCAUGGCUUUUCUGUUUUGGAAGAUUUACCAGGAGACAGAGAAAAGAGCCAAAGACAUGCUAAGUCUUAAAGGGUCUUGUGGAAGCACCAACCAGAACAAGACUGUAAGUGAAGGGAGUGAAAGACGUGAUGGUGGAAGUAUAAAACCCAACCAGAAUAAUCCAUCGGUCAAAUUGCACCUUGUAAGAACGUCUUCAUCCAGAGAGUUGUGUCACCAGGAUGGCCCUGCUGGGGAUCCGAGAGGUUCCGAUUUUGAUGAUACAUCUCAAUCGCCAACAGGUUUGAUAGCGAUUUAUUUCUCAGUAGAAGUGGCUCCUUGUAGCGAACAGGUAUUUCGUUUCAUCUGUCUGUCUGUUUGUCUAGAUUUUGAGAAGUCUGUAAAGGAGGAAGACAACAAGGAUCCGGAGCAAGGAUCAACCAUCAAAAGCCAACAGGGUUCACCCCCCUCUUCAUCCAACCGACAAGGUGUAACCAUGACCAUAAAAGACGCGGCGUUGGCCAAACGGUUUGCCUUGAGGGCCAAAACGGAGAUUAACAAGCGCAAGAAUGAAAAAAAGGCAAAUGAGAAGAAAGCGGCUCGGACCCUCAGUGCCAUUUUGUUGGCGUUCAUGAUGACGUGGUUGCCCUACAACAUCAUGGUGUUGGUCAAUACCUUCUGUCAGAACUGCAUCCCUGAGACUCUCUGGGCUCUUGGUUACUGGCUGUGUUAUGUGAACAGCACGGUGAACCCCAUGUGCUACGCUCUGUGUAACAAAACCUUCCGGACAACUUUCAGGGACAUUUUGAUGUGCCGGUGGAACGGAAGAAAGAAGCCUCACCCACAUCAGAGACAAGCUAUUCAAACGAAGAACAUGCGCAAAACAAGACAUCAACUCCCUUCAUCAUAAGCAUUUUCAUCUACAUGUUAUAUCAGUAUUUAUGGAUCAACAGACAGUUUUGAGACAAUUCUAGACCUCGUGCUAAAACGAAAUCUCAUUCUGCUCAGUGUGAGACUCUCAUGAUUGGUAACAACAAUCAUUGUUAGAAGAAAAGUAUGGAAAGUUUUUGGCAAUUCAUGUGUUUUUUUUUUUUUUUUUAAUUUAGAAAGUGACCACUGAUAUACAGUCAUCUUU